AUGCCAAAGGAUACCAUUCCCGUCGGAAAGAGUCCUCGACGUCAACGAUCUUCUCGCUUUCACGUAGGAGAAAAAGUGGAACUGGAAAAAUAUCCCCACUUCAACGAGGUGCCGCCUUCCCAACGUCACGAAUUGUUUGUGCGAAAAUUGGCUCAAUGCCAAGUUCUGUUUGAUUUUAACGAUGUCUCCUCUGGAUUGAAAGGCAAAGAGAUCAAGCGGCAGACAUUGCAGGAAAUGUUGGAAUACGUGGCUACCACACGAGGAGCGAUUGUGGAUUCGAUUUAUCCAGAUGUCAUUCGCAUGUUUGCGGUGAAUUUAUUUAGAACCAUUCCUCCGCAACUGAAUCCCGUAGCUGGCGAGGGAUUUGAUCCUGAGGAAGAUGAACCAGUAUUGGAAUCGGCAUGGCCUCAUUUACAGCUUGUCUAUGAGUUCUUUUUACGAUUUGUGGAAUCACCCGAUUUCAAUGUGCACGUCGCCAAAAAAUACAUUGAUCAAAAAUUUAUUCUUCAGUUACUGGAAUUAUUCGACAGCGAAGAUCCUAGAGAACGCGAUUUCCUGAAAACAACACUACAUAGACUAUAUGGAAAAUUCUUAAACUUACGUGCAUUUAUUCGACGAUCCAUCAAUAAUAUUUUCUUUCAAUUUAUUUACGAGACCGAACGGUUCAAUGGCGUGGCCGAACUAUUGGAGAUCUUGGGAAGUAUUAUCAACGGUUUCGCUCUCCCUUUGAAAGAGGAACAUCGCAUUUUUCUCUCCCGAGUGCUCAUGCCGUUACAUAAACCCUCCACUCUUGCUAUGUAUCACCCACAGCUGGACUAUUGCGUGGUACAAUUUUUGGAGAAGGACCCAACCUUGACAUCCGAGGUUAUCAAUAGCUUACUACAUUACUGGCCGAAAAUCAACAGUGCCAAGGAAGUCAUGUUUUUAACUGAAAUCGAAGGGAUACUGGACAUCGUCGAUGCGGUGGAAUUCCAAAGGAUUAUGGAACCGUUGUUUCAACGAUUGGCGAAAUGCGUUUCGAGUCCUCAUUUCCAGGUUGCAGAGCGGGCUCUCUACUACUGGAAUAAUGACUACAUUGUCAAUUUAAUCAGUGACAAUAUCGAGGUCAUUAUGCCCAUCAUGUUCCCUCCUUUGUAUAAACAUUCAAAAACGCAUUGGAACAGAACCAUCCAUGGUCUUGUUUAUCAUGCUUUGAAAACACUCAUGGAAAUCAAUCCAGCUCUCUUCGAUGAAUGUACUGAGAAAUACAAAGAGGACGAAAAUGCGUAA